CCCGUCUAUUACCUACAUUUCAGAAAGAGACCUGGAUUCUGCUCUUUACGUUUCCCGCUGUCCCAACGACUGCCACUGCCUUCGAUGCCUUCAACCGAGUAUCGCCGACUCUCGACGUCCAGGGACGACGACCUGGACGAUAUCUCCUCCGCAAUUCAGGAGAAAUAUGUCCCGCCGAAGAAGAAGAAGACUCUUCUCUUUCGUGCUUCAGCAGUGCUGGCUGCGGUUCUGGGGCUAGGUGUCUACACCGCGGCGGUGCUGUACUAUGCGCAGGAGUACAUUCACAAGCCGUACUGUCCGCGGUUUGCGGCAAAUGAUACGGUUCACUUGUGGGACAAAGUCGGAUACAAGCCCAUGUCCUUCGAUCCAGCCACGCCACACCACUCCGACUCCUUCCUCGGCAGCCCAAGCGCGGAACUCGACGCGAACUGGCGCAAGCUGCUUUUGACCUUUUCGAGCCGGCUCCCCGAUUCCGAAGCACAGAGGCUGGGUCCUAACUCGGAUGCCAUUCCUUUCGAUGACGGCAAGGGCGGUUUCGUCGGCGGCAUCGCCGUAGUACACAACCUGCACUGCAUCAACUACGUCUACCAGACCAUACACGGGGACUACUACUUCCCCAACAUCACCGAGGGGCAGAAGAAGAAACAAAAAAGCCACCUUUCACACUGCCUCCACCACCUCAUGUCCUCGGCCAAGUGCCAGGCCGACAUGACGCCGGUGCUGCUGCACUGGACGGUGGACGACCACGUCCCGGUCCUGAAAUGGGACGGCGUGCAGCGGUCCUGCGUCGACUGGGAGGGCUUGAUGAAAUGGGGAGAUGAGCACUCGAUGACGCAUUCUGAGACGAUGCCGUCGGUAUCUAAAAUGAAACACCCCAUCUACGGUCACUUUGUCGAUGAGCGCGGCAGGUUCAUCCUCGCCAACGCCGAGGGAGUGGUGGACUUUGAGGAGUUCUCGCAGAGGCCGGAUUACCAGCAAUGGGCGAGGGAGCAGGGCAUGGGGGCGAGCAAAGAGGAUGCAGAGCGGUUUUUGGAGGAAUUUGCCAGGAAGCAGAAUGAGCGUCAUCAUCUGUAAGUGUUGGGUUUGCGCGUUUUCAAGGUUGGUUGGGAGUGUGUACCCAAGGGGAUGAAAAAAAAUGCAGUAAAGCCAGAUUAAAGCAUAUUUUGGUAAGUGAAUAAUAAACUCGGCACUCGGUUACGCACAUUUCGGAUAGAUAGACAUGGCCUGAGGCGUCUUGCCGGCAUAUCUCUA